AUGAAUAUAAAUAAGCAGGCACAUGCCCAACGUACCAUCGAAUACAAGAAAUUGCCAAAUUCUAGUUCAGCACUUUGGACAAGUUGUGCAGUGCGGCUAAAAAGGAUUACAAACGGAGUUGGCGCGAAAAGAUCAUCAAAAACAUCAGCUUGCAAAAAGGAAAUGGGAUUUAAAUUAGCAUCUACUUCCCAACCAAAUGCAAAUAAACGUAUUUCAGUGAAAAUGCGAAGCCAUCGUUUGCUCAACACAAUUGCAAAGCAAUGUCAUGUUAAACUUAGACGGCUCUCUACAGGUGCCAAUACUAGCAAAUAUCUAGACCAAACUGAUGAAAUAAUACAAAAUAAAAGGGAUACACUUAAAGUACACAGUAAUUUUUCUGGUAAAAUUGCUAAGAAAUGUUGCGUCAAAAUGAAACGUGUUCUUGUAUGUGUCUGCAAUAACAAAUUGAAAACUUGCGCUGGUGAGGAUAAUUCCCAAACCCAAAGUACUUCACAGCAACUUGAGCUUCAAAUUGGGCAAAUAGCCGAAGCAACAUUAACUAACAGAAAAAAGGACGGAUUCGCCGAACAAAUUUUGUCAGAGGAAAUUCAAAAGCCUUCAAUAAUCCAAAGCCCCCAAAACGAAGAGAAAUCUGUAAGUGAGCUAGAUUUACAAUCAAACAAGGUCAAUGAAACAAAAACUGGCGGAACUAAAUUGCAUUGUCCCUCAUCUGGCAAAAUUAUUAAGAGAUGCCGCGUCAAAGUUAAACGUGUUCCUGUGUGCAUCACUGGUAACAAAUCGAAUCGAGUCGACGCUGAUGAUAUUGAUUCGAUUAGUAAUACCCAAACUACUUCAAGGCAAGUCAGACUUCAAGUUGCAAAAAGAGGCGAAGAAAGACUGACUACUAGAAAAUGGAAAGCCUGCACAGAAACAACCGCAGACAAAAUUUUGUCAGAUGAAAGACAAGUGUCUUUGACGAUCCAAUGUCCCAAAACCGAAGUGAAGUCUGAAUAUGGGCUUGUUGUACAACCAAAUGUAGAUACGAAUGAAGCAAAUACUGUUGGAGCUAAGUUGCCUGAUAAGGUUACUAAAAGAUGCCGUGUCAAAAUUAAACGGAUCCACGUUGAUGAGAACAAUUCAAUUAGCAAAACCCAGACUAAUUCAAGUCAACAGAGACUUCAAAUUAGAAGAAUAACCGAAGGAGCAGGAACCAAGAAAAAAGGGAAAGACUUCACAGAAACAAACGCUGAUAUAAUUUUGCCGAAGGAAAAUAAAAAAUCUUUUAAAGUUCGAAGUCCCAAAACCGAAGUAAAAUCUGAAUAUCAGCUUAUUUUACAACCAAGUGCUCAUGUUGCUCGUGUUAAUGGCACAAAAACAAGCGGACGAAAGUUGUAUGGCCACUUGUCUGAAUUGACUUCCAGCUCAUUAAUACGAACCUCUUUGCAUUUGUUAGAGGAUUUACCAGCCGCCCGUGAUAUAGUGUUUGAAUACUUCUCUUUGGUGGCUGAGGUAGCAGUGCAAGGUUAUUGCGUUGCUGAGCAACAGACAAGCAUGACAUCAAAAAAUAGCAAUAAUCAAACGGCCCAAAGUCCAGGCGCUCAAGAAGAUCCAUGCUUUGAAGUAAUACAACAAGCUUUGGAAAAUGUAGUCAAUAAAGUGCCAGGAGCUUGGGGCGUGGUCGUCGCAUCAUGGAGCUUAGAUUUGGUCGGCAAUCUAUCGGAUAAAUACACUAAACGGAAAAUGUCUAUCGGAGUAGCUUGCAACUACUGGCUAAGCUGUGGCACAAUGCGUGGCUUGUUGACUUUAAUUAGCAUCUGUUUUCGUAAACUAACUAACUUGGAAGCAGAAUCUUGCGUGGAAACUUUGUUAAAUGCCUACCAGCGUUACUCCUUAACCUUUGAUUGGGUUGUAGCACGUUUAGGUGGUUGCUUCCCAUUGAAAAUUAUUUCACAAAUUCUACAAUGCAGUUUGAAACGUUUUGCGGAUGAUUUUCAUUGCCGUUUCGAGUCAGAAAUCGGUAUUUUAGAAUAUCUGUGCUUCGCUCACGAACAAGUUCUACGAGUCGUUGUCAAAGAACUGUUACAAGAAGGUUUCCAUCCCAAAAAGAAUUUAGAUACUUUGAUUAUACCAUUUCUUUUUGUAUUCGGUAAUUAUUCCGAUGUCUUACUACAGAAUAUGGUUAGCGUCUUUUUGGAUAUGUAUAACGAUGAGUUACGCGCCAUCAUUAUACAAAAAUCUCCGCUUUGGUUGAGCAACGCUACAUUUUCCGAAAUCCAGCCAUCUUUAAAUAAUAUUGCUCUUCGUUUAAAAAGUCACGGAACUCAGCUUUUAAUAACAGCCUCCAAAAUGGCUGAUCAACAUGUUUGGUGUCAAGAUUUUCUAGAAUUUUCCUUGCAAGAAUUAGAACAGAUAGUUUUAAGUGCUCGCUUGUGCCCCCUAAUGGACGAUUUGGUAACGGAAAAUACUAAAUAUAUGUUGUGGAAAAGUAGUCUUAGCACAAAUAUAUAUGAACAACAAACGGCAGUACGUCUACUUUUAAUUGUUUCUAGCCAACAUUCAAAUAUAUAUUAUCAGAGCAUUUCCGAGUUGCUGCGUAAAUGUUAUGUGCUUAAUACGUCGGGCUUAGGUGCCGUAAUACGAAUGUUUAGUGGUUUAAGUGGCGUAGUAGAAUUUCCCGAUAUCAAGGCUGGACUACAAAUGGUUUUGGAGGAUGUUUUAUUGCAAGAACAAUUUAAACAGGCUCGUUUGGCUAAUUCUAGCGUUAUUUCGGAGGCAUUAAAUACAUUUAAGAAUCUUAAUACCCUAACUAAAAUGCAGAAAAAGAAUAGUUACACCUGCAUGAAACAACAUCAACUAAUGAAUGCUCUAAAUGAAUGUCUACCUAAAAUCCUACAAAUCCUUGAGGUAACUUUAAAUAAAUUAAUAUUACGUAUGGAUAUAGAUUCAUCAGAACGGAACAUGGGCAGAUAUAGAGAGCAACAAAAUCAAGCUAACAAUAAUACAAUCGAUAUUGACGGUAAUAAAAAUAAGAGAUUGAGACUUGGCUUAAAUAGCGAUGAUUGGAAUGAAGAGGAAGAAGAAGAAGCUUACGAUGCAAGACGAUUAAAUUUAGCUCAUACGAUUAUAGAUCUUUUAAAUACUAUAGAGGCGGGUUCAAAAACCAAUGUCAUACGCACUACAGAAAUUUUAAAAUUAUCUGUUUUAAGUGUAAAAUAUUUCUUCAUCAGUUUAACAGAGCGAAGUUCUACUCAGCGUUCGGCUGCCGUAAAUCGUGUUUACGUUUUAUUUCAACGACAAUGUAGAGCGCGUAAAGCCUGCCGUACAGCUUGUUUACGCGAACUAAUCGAAGGUGCUUUGUUCUAUUAUGGUUACCUUUUCGGGCAAUUUGAAGAACCUUUGAUGGAUGAAUUACAAAUACCAGAGACCGAAAUGGUUCUAUUACAAAAUCAACGCCAAAGCUUAGGUCCCAAUGCCAAUCGUACCGUAUUGCAUGCUGGCGUAAUUGGUCGUGGUUUAAGACCUGAAAAUAUGUGUACAGGCGAGACGUGCCCCUCGGAGAUGCAAAAUUUGUUUAUAAAAGCUUUGGAUGUUUGUUGCAGUGAUGUGGAACGUCCUUUAGUAAUAGAAGCUUAUUCAACGAUAUCAUUACUUUUGGUGGAAUUGGUAUCAACAGAUGUUAUGUAUAAUGGUUUACCGUUUCCUGAUGAAGAUUUUACGAAAGUAACUAUGGAACGAGAUUUACUGAUACGUAGGGCUUUUAUAACGUCACCAUUAUUGUGGGCUUUGCUCGGUUUCAUAGCCAGUCAUCGACCAGCAUUAUGCUUUUCCUCAGUAUUAUUGAGAGCCUUAUGUGCUACGUGUUUACAUCAAUGGCGCGCAAAGAACGUCAACAAAUAUCAAUUGGUUGAUAUUAACGAUGAAUUAAUGAAAUGCACUAAGAAGUUGUUACGAAUAUUAGCUAUAGGACAACUGUUGCCACCACCUCUCUCAAAUUUGCACGUUAUCAUACAUCAUUUCGAUCCACCGGAGAUUGCUUUAAUAUUAAAAGAAUGCGUUUGGAAUUAUCUGAAGGAUCAUGUACCUUCGCCGGCUUUGUUUCACGUGGAUAGUAAUGGCUUGCAAUGGCGUAAUCCUCAAAUAAAUAAAAUUCCACCGCAAUACGUUGAUACUUUGCGCAAUUUAAUGCAAAAAAAAUUGUCAAAAUUAGGUCAACAUUAUUACACCAUGUUCAUUAUGCCCGAACAACAAAGUCCAACGCUACCAAAUCAAUCGUUAGCAUUGGUUUCUUCAACUAGUUUGACUGUAGAUGCUCCAAAUGAGACAAGUAAAGACGUGGAAAUGAGUUCAUAACAUGUGAAUAAAAUUUCGCUACCGUUCGCCGUUUGAUUAAUCUCAUUAAUAGAACAAUUUAAAAAACUAAAUUUCAUAUAUAUAUUAGUUUUUUUUUUUUUCUUCAUUUAAUGAUAUUUAAAAAAGCUAAUUAAGAUCAUUUGCUAUUCUGCUUGUUUACGUCGUCUUUGCAUAUCAAUAUACAAUUGAAAAGUUGUUAUUCCAUAAUUAAUAUAUACAAUAGAAAUGUUGUUAUGUAAUAAAACAUGUCCGUCCCACGUCAUGAUCCGAUAUGAAAGCCGUCAACUGUACGUUGAUGCAAAAAAGAAAAAUAAAAAUAAAAGAAAAACGCAGCGA